GCUCUAUACCACCAGCUAGCGGAUUUGCGGCUUGCCGACGUCGAGGUACCAUCCAUACGCGAAUCAAUCAAGGCCGUCUCCCCAAUCAAGGCCAACCGCUUACAAGACGCAGUAAAUACCAGUACAUCUCUGUGCAGCGACCCUACAGCGCCACUUCUUCGUUGCUCACUUUGUUGACACAAAAUAAUCAGCAUGCAGACGCAACUCCGCGGCCGCGGUGCAGGCGCUCUACCGGCUCGUGCGUCGCGCUCGGUGUUCCCUAGGAUUGUGUGCCAGUCCCAAAAGACCCAGGAGGCGCCGAAGAAGCAGCAGUCCUAUGCGGACAAGUCCAGGCAAGGCCUGGGCGAUAUCGGCGACCUGCUUGGCCCUAUUGGCCUCACCUACAGUGAUGGUGUCUCGGAGUUCAAGGUGAAGCCCGAGGACAUCCAGGUGGACAAGUCGUCAAACGGCGUCGCGCUGGGCCCCAUCAGCCUCAGCUUUGGCACGGAGCUCAACGACCGCAACGGUGUGGAGGCCAGCACCAGCGGCCGUGACGCCGCGGCGGCGGCGUCGGGGCUGCCCAGCAUCCACAGCAUGACCACGGCCGAGUGGCGAGAGCUGUACGAGAAGGACGGCACCAACGACCUGUGGAUGGAAGAUGAGUUCAAUGCCGGGUCACGCCUCAUGGGUGGGCGAGCUGUGCACAAGGGCGGUGUGUACGGGUUCCGCACAGGUGAGGGGCCAUCGGCGGGUGACGUGCCGGUGCACAAGAUCAAGAUCUUUGACCACUACGGCAACCAGGAGAUUGACGUGGAGGUGCCCGAGGACCGGUACAUUCUGUGGGAGGCGGAGGACAAGGGUCUGGAGCUGCCGUACGCUUGCCGCAUGGGGUGCUGCACGGCGUGCGCGGUGCGCGUGAAGGAGGGCGAGGUGCACCAGCCGGAGGCACUGGGCAUUAGCGCGGAGCUACGCGAGAUGGGCUAUGCGCUCAUGUGCGUGGGCUACCCCACCAGUGAUGCCGUCAUGGAGACGGUGAGCGAGGACGAGAUCUACGAGCUGCAGUUCGGCAAGUACUUUGCACAGCAGGCACUGGACCCCAACUCCGAGUCCAUUGAGCGCGAUGACUACGCACUGUCCAUUGCCAACAUGGACGAGUGAACCAAGCGACUGAUAUUGACGCAGGGGGGGGGGGUUGUAUGUACCGAAGGAUGUUGGGGUGACGGCAGUGUACGAACGAGUACACAGGAGCGGAUAGGGUAGAAACCGCAGGACUAUGUGACUGAACCAUUGACCUUUGACCUCAUCAGGACUGGGUUGAGCAUAUGAGAACAGUUUUGAGCACUUUUGACGGCGCAUCGGCUGAGUGUGUUUGGGGGCUACCUACUUGCCGCCUAUAGCGCGGUGAGGCUUUAGGCAUUCUUUCAUAAUGAUUUCGCAUGUAUAUCGGUUGACUGGGGCACCUGGACUCAGGCACUGUGGGCCCCCAUCAGGCCCAGGAAGGCGGACGGGUGGAGGAGUGGCGGACGGGUGCAAUGAGAUGCACGAUUGCAUGUUAAGAAGCUGUUAGUUCGCUCAACCCGUGUCGCUUUGUAUAAUCUGAAAGGAUAAAAACU